AUAAUAACUAAUAAGAACAUGAAGAAACAAGGAUUAUACCGGCUAAUAGCCAUGCCCAUGUACAUGGUCCAGGCGCUCCCAAUUUUAAUCGGGUAUUUAACUUUCGGAUAAAAAAGUAUUGAGCGCUCGGAGGAGUCGAACUGCCAAAACCGAACCAUACUGUGUAUUUGGGCGAUUACGUUUACUCCGUAGUCCGUAGUAAGCCAGCUCAGUAUUGCUCUGUAGUCCCACGGUUCAGUCCAAGAUGGACGGAACGAGGAAAUUGGAUUCUGGGUUUCUGAUUUGGCUGCUCUUUGUCAAUAUUUUCCUGCCCUUUUCCUUUGGUAAACCUGAUGGAGUGUGUGUCUCCCAAGGUGCUCGCUUUCCACCUUUCUCAUCCGAGGGAAAACCUCCAAGAAAGGUAAGCAAGGGUGCCAAAGAUUUGACACUUUGUAGGGUUUUCCGCAGAAAGACUUGCUGUGAUGUAGCCCAGACGUAUCCUGCAUUGCUAUCUGUCAGGAGGUUGGCUACAACAGGAGAAGGCAGCCCAGAGUGCAUGCACUUAUGGGAACUGUUGGAGUGUUCCAUAUGUCAUCCACGUGUUGGUGUUCAGGCAGGACCUCCUCUGAUAUGCAGCUCUUUUUGUGCGAGAGUCUAUGAGGCUUGCUCCAAUGCUUACUUCUCUAUGGAUGCAAAGACACAGGUUCUAGCACCAUGUGGGCUAAAAGACUUCAUCUGUGGCAGGGCUUCUGAGUGGGUAUCAAAUGGCACUGAGCUUUGCCUUGCUGCAGGUUUUUCUGUUAACCCAUCUGAUGAAAUGUACAUGAGCAUGGAGGACACAUCUUGCUAUGGAGGAAAAGCAAGUCUAGAUUCCAUUGCUGAUUCAUGGAGUGCUUCGCAUUCUAAGGUGCCCAAGGGAACUGCUAAUUCUGGGGUGUUCGAAGAUUUCCAGCAAUGGGUGAGGGAGAUGCCAUUUAGGGAAAGGGUUUCUUGGGCAGUAGGAGGGAUGGCUCUGACAGCAGGAUUGCUAUUUAUAAGCAAAAGGAAGAGUCAUAACCAUCGCCAAAAGCUUGCGGUUAUUCGACGCAACGCAAGGAAACUGGAAGCCAAGAGGGAUGUCAGCAAUCAAGGAAGCAGAAGGGGAAUUGGAAGAUGACUCUCCUUGUAGGUGAACAUAAUAGUUGCUUGCAAAUCAUGUCUCAACUUUUGUUAUAAUACCAUAAAUGAAUGCCUCUUGAUAUUUUUGUUCUGUUA